AUGACAGUUGACAUGAUCGGAAGAGUGUGUCUGCCGGACGGUUCCACUGCGGAAAACACGGAGGAUGCCAUGUGUGAAGAUUUAGAAGACGAUGUAGGAGAUAACAAUGUUAUUUCCUGCAAAUUGGAAGUCUGCAGUACUGAUAACUGCAACAUGAUAUCCCAGGACGACGGAGAAAGGGAGAACUAUGUAUCCUCGGAAAGCCCUCCUUCUUCGCAGGAGACUGUGGUCAUUAUCACUAUCACAGUGCUGGCAAGCACGACCGGUGCAUUUAUUGUUAGCACCUUCAACUGUAGGACUCUCAACCCUGUAUCACGUAAACAGGAGUUAGCUCACUCAGCCUUCAUGCAUCAUAAUGAUGUUAUCUCCUUGCAAGAGCAUCGCCAACACCACAAAGAAUCCCUAAGAAUUGAAAACAUCUUAUCAUAUCAGCUCAUCACUGCUUCUGCUACGAAGAAUUCAGUUAAUGCGUCAGUUGGUGGUGUUGGGUUUCUUUUAUCUCCUAGAAUUCAGAAAUCUCUCCUAUCUGUAGAGAAAGUUAAUAGCAGAAUCAUCUUGCUCCAUGUAAACGGGAAUCCUCGCCUCACAGUCCUCUCCUGUUAUGCUCCUACUAACUGCAGUGAUAUUGAAGAUAAAACUGCAUUCUACAACGCUCUAACCAGGAUCAUCUCUAAGGUGCCUCCUCACAACAUGCUAGCAGUGUGCGGUGAUUUCAACGCGAAGCUCAGUAAUAGCUACGGUUUCACAUACCAUCAGUCAACCAACGACAACGGCGAACGACUACUGGAUCUGGUAGACCAACACCAACCGCUGUUUCCAGAAACCGGCUAA